AUGGCGAUCAAGCACAACCAGCAAAUUCCUAGGAAUCACUUCCACAAGGACUGGCAACGUCGUGUCCGAGUACACUUCGAUCAGCCUGGUCGGAAACACCGCCGUCGGGAGGCUCGUCUUGCAAAGGCUGCUGCCGUUGCCCCUCGCCCUGUGGACAAACUCCGCCCCAUCGUCAGAUGCCCUACUAUCAAAUAUAACAGCCGGGUUAGAGCUGGGCGUGGCUUCACAGUUCAGGAAUUGAAGGAAGCUGGAAUUGCUCGCAAACUCGCUCCCACCAUCGGUAUUGCUGUCGAUCACCGCCGCAUCAAUGCCUGCACAGAAUCCCUUUCCGCAAACGUCGCCCGCUUGAAGGAAUACAAGGCUCGUUUGAUUCUCUUCCCACGCAAGAGCGGUCAAUUCAAGAAGCUCGAUUCUUCUGUCGAGGAGGUCAAGGCUGCCUCUGAAGGCAAGGUCGCCAAGAGCAUCAGCACCGUACUUCCAGUUGUCAACGUUGCCCGAGCUAAGGCUGUUAGUGAGAUUUCGAAGGCCGAUAUGCCUGAGGGAGAGAAAGCUGCCUACCGAAGACUGAGAGAUGCUCGCAGCGAGGCUCGCUAUGUGGGAAGGAGAGAGAAGAGAGCGAAGGCGAAGGCUGAGGAGGCCGCAGCGGCUAAGAAAUAA